AUGAUGCGAGUCUCUAAUUUAGCUCGGCUUUUGUGCGCCUUCGUUGUUGCGGCUCAUGUAUAUGCUGCUAAUGUUCCACCCCCAUUACAACGUGAUCUUCCUACAGUUCGUCCCUCUCCAAUUGUAGAUCCUAUCCCUAUCACAUGUACUACAUCGACCGUUAGUAUAAGAUGUGGAAGAAAUUCUUGUCAAAGUGCCUGGGCCACAGCUUUCACCUCCUCUAACACCUACAUCCAAUCAUUCUGUUCCUCAUUUACCUCUCCCGGACGCAAAAACACCCUUAUAUUCGACAAGAAAGGACCCGCAAGCGCAUGCAUAAAAGGUCUUAGCAAUACUGCCAUCCAGUCCUCCAUCUCAUCAGUCUGUUCCUGUUAUGCUGGCCCCGGAGUUCCCACCACCGCAUUCAUAACAAUCUGUCCCACCUAUCCACCCAUUCAAACCCAAACCAUCACAACCUCCAUACCCACCACCACAACUAUCAUCCGAACCGCCGAUGGAAUCGUCAAGACAGUAACUACUACCAUAACACUAGUCGCCGACCAAAUACUAUCCAAUCGUCUUACUGCCACAACCACCACCACAACCACGCAAUUCAUAACGCGUCCAGAUCUCUCCGCACCAUGUACCACCACCACAAACAUCCUCACCACAACUCUAGUAACAGCCAUCUACGACUAUCUCACUUACACAACCACUACAACUUACUAA